AUGACGCGAGAAGAGGCGCCUUCCGAUAAUCUGUUAUCCUGCGCCCUCGAUGCGUCACUUUCGCCUCCGCGGUUCAUCCAAGAGACCUUGAGUGCUAUUCGGAGAGAUACCUUAAGCGCAAACCGGGAUGCUGGAACAACAUCCGCUUCAGCGUCAACGGCCCAGACCCUUCAAAUUUUCGAUGGCGUGAACAAUCGGCCGCGUUCGCGCUCAGGGUCACCAGCGAAGACACCCACAG